CUUGCCAAGUGGAAGACUGCAGAGGAAGUCGCUGCUCUGAUCAGAUCAUUACCGGUUGAAGAACAACCUCGUCAAAUCAUUGUAACUCGAAAGGCUAUGCUUGAUCCUCUUGAGGUUCAUCUUCUCGAUUUUCCAAACAUUGUGAUCAAGGGAUCGGAGUUGAUGUUGCCAUUCCAAGCAAUCAUGAAGGUUGAGUUGGCUCUCAAAGACAUGAUCUUUGGCUGA